AGCAGUGAAACACCAAAUAAAAAAUUCAUAAAAAACAAAUACAAUAUGGAUUUGGUCAACCACUUGGAGGAUCGUUUGCUUUUUGCUGUCCCUAAAAAGGGUCGUUUGUAUGAGUCAUGUGUGAAUGUUUUAAAGGGCGCUGAUAUCAAGUUCCGCCGUAACUCCCGCUUAGACAUUGCUUUGGUUCAAAACUUCCCUAUUGCUUUGGUUUUCUUGCCUGCUGCCGAUAUCCCUCGUUUCGUUGGUACCGGUCGUGUCCAUCUCGGUAUCACCGGUCAAGAUCAAAUUGCUGAGGCUCGUCUCCGUAUCGGCGAAAAGUUGAAGGUUGAGGAAUUGGUUGACCUUCAAUUUGGUGGCUGCAAUCUACAAGUUCAAGUUCCCGAAAAUGGUCCAAUCCAAAAUGCUAAGCAAUUGGUCGGUCAACGUAUCGUCACUUCCUUUGAAUAUUUGGUGGGUGAUUACUUUAAAAAGUUAGAGGAGAAUAUGAAAAAGGAAGGGGAAAUUAGCAAUGAAACUGAGACUGAAAUUAGCUUUGUUUCAGGCAGCGUUGAAGCCUCCUGUGCGUUGGGUAUUGCUGAAGCUGUUGUUGACUUGGUUGAAUCUGGUGAAACCAUGCGCGCUUCUGGUUUGAAGGCCAUUGAGACUAUUAUGAGCUCUAGUGCUGUUUUGGUUCGAUCUACCAAUUGUGCUCCUGAACUCGAGCCUCUUUUGCAAACUAUCAUUACACGCAUUCGUGGAUAUGUAAUUGCUAAGCAAUACGUACUCGUCAACUACAAUGUUUCUCGUGAUCACUUGACUGAUGUUCUCAAGAUUACUCCUGGCAAGCGUGCUCCUACCAUCACAACCUUGGAUGAACCCAAUUGGGUUGCUGUUAGCAGCAUGGUGUUGAAGAAGAAUGUUGCCAAGGUUAUGGAUGAGUUGGCCCAGAAUCAUGCUACUGACAUUCUUGUCCUUUCCAUCGACAAUUCUCGUCCUUAGAAGUGGUUUUUUUUUGUUGUUUUAAAGAAGUCAUUAUGAAAGGGAAAUAUUGCAGAAUUUUUGUUGUGUGCGUGUUCGUACUUGUUUCUUAUAGACAGUUUUAAUUACAUCUUCAAAUAGUAAUUGUACAUCGAUCUUUAUUUGCUUUUAGUUUUUAUGGAUAAUAAUUAUAGUUAAUUAUGAACACUCUUCCCUUUCGUAAUGUCUAAAUUGUU